CUCAGGUGGAGUCAGAGCCGCGCAUGCGCAGUAGGACGGAGUCAGAGUCAGAGCCGCGCAUGCGCAGUAGGACGCGCAGCGGCAACAUGGCGGAGCCCGCACCGAAACACGCGCUGGAGAUGGUGCGCUCGGACGGAGCAGACGAGGGCUGUGUGACCUUUGUGCUUCAUGAAGAGGAUCACACGCUGGGGAACUCUCUCCGGUACAUGAUCAUGAAGAGUCAGGACGUGGAGUUCUGUGGCUACAGCAUCACACACCCGUCCGAGAGCAAGAUCAACUUCCGCAUUCAGACGCGAGAUGGGAUGGCGGCGUCUGAACCCCUGCGCAGCGGUCUGAAUAACCUGACUGAAGUCUGCAAACACGUGCUGCACACCUUCGAGGUACGGAUGCAAGCGUUCAAGGAUAAAGAGGAACCCAUGUGAUGAAGAUCAGGAUGAAGGCAUGCUCCUGUAGCAUGGAUGUGUGUUAUAUUAUGUUCAUUAACACUUGUAAACGGCUUGUGCUGGUGCACUAAAACCUUACCAAUCUCACAUCGAGGAGAACCAGUUUUGAUUUAGUUUGUCUUUCUGAGAGAAAUGCAUGUAAUAAGAUCACACGAGGAGUUCAUUUUCAGAUGAAGUAAUCACAGAUAUGUUUUGGAUUCAUAUUUUUCACAUUGUUGUCAUAAUAAAUGCUAUAAGAAACA